GACAGAUUGGAGCUGUCAAUGAAAAGCUGUCAAGUCACCCAAGCAGCAUAUUUUUGGAGUUGUCAUUUAGAAGUCGACUGAAUCGGAAAUAUUUGCUAAGAUGGCGGAUCCUAACAGCUUGCUUAUGCCUGUGCCUGCCACAACAGCGGGUGUUGAAGGUGGGACGACGGGCGGCGGCAUGGGCGAUGAUGAGCGUAUGCGCUACAUUGAGAUGAGAAAGGCAGAACUCAGCUACAGGGAGCAAGAGCUGGCCGUGGAGGCCAAGGCGCUUGAGGUGACAAUGAAAGAGCUGGAGCUCGAACAUAUGCGUGAGUUGCAUCAACUACGAGUCCAGCUGAAGGAAAUAGAGAUAAGCAUUCUAAUGAGUCAGGAGGAUCAGUUACAAUGAAAACGCAGCACAUAAAAUUAUUUUCAACGACGUGUACGUGCCAUUGUAACUCGAAAGAGAACGAAACAAAUCUAAAGAUUGCCUUGGCCAAUACUUUUAUGCUCAGCACUUGUGACAUAAUUAGAUUAUGUAGUACAUGCAUUUAACUUAUAUAAUACAAACAGCAAUUGCUUUUGCCUCUUUUUUGGGGUCUGCGUUGUCGACAUCAUUACAUCAUUAUAAUAAGCUGAGCAACAGCUGAACUCACUUAUUAAAUUCAAUUCUCAAUUUACAAAUUGGCAACACACUCAAAUAUAUACUUUAUAUGCAUGCAGCUCA